GCUCGAUCGGAGAAUGUUCGGACGCGACGCCUCGCCCGGCCGUCCGCUCCUGGACGACUACUACGCUACUCGCUCCGCCGACCCACAUCCAUCAGCUUCACCCCGAAGGAAGCACCUACUCGUGCGCGCGCUACUCGCGACUCGCUCCCCCCGCCCCCCCGCCGCCGCCGCUCGGCGCCGGCGCCGCCAUCGACCCCGUCCCUCGGAACCUCCCUUCGAUGUGCCGCAUCGCCGCCGCCAGCGCGUCGCGGUCGACGUACCCUUCCCCGAGCACGGCGUCGAACACUCGCACGACGCUGUCCUCUCCCCCCGCGACCAUCCUGCUGUGAUCAAACGCGACGGAGAGCACCCCCAGCGGCGUCGCCGUCGUCGUCGGCGCCUCGGCGAGGUAGAUCUCCGGCAACCGCGCGACGGCGAUCGCGCAGUCGUCCCCGCCGGUGACGAUCCUGCGCAGCGUCGCGCUCAUCCGCACGCAGUUCACGCAGUCGUCGUGGAUCCGCCGCGGCGGCACCACCGGCGUCGAUGGGAACCGCGCGUCGUGCACGUGGAGCGUCCCCGCGGCGCCGCCGAACGCGAACAGCCCGCCGUCCGCGUCGACGCACCGCGCCGGCUUCGUCCUGCGCGCGUCCCGCGGGUCCCCCCUCGUCGUCGCGGCGACGUCGGGUUUGGACGACGAAUCGCGGACGUCCCAGCGUCGGACGAUCCCGUCCGAACACGCCGCGUGGACGACGUGGCGAUCGACGUCGCCGCCGCCCCAAGCGACGCCGUACGUCUCCGCGUCGCCGAAGCCGUCGGUUCUAUACGAGCAAACGUCGGGGUGGAGUUGAAAGGCGUCGGUUGGAGUUGA